AUGUACCUGGUCACAGUGCUUGGGAACCUGCUCAUCAUCCUGGCUGUCAGCUCUGACUCCCACCUCCACACUCCCAUGUACUUCUUCCUCUGCAACCUGUCCUUGGCUGAUAUAUUUCUCAUCUCUACCACGGUUCCGAAGAUGAUUGUGGACAUCCUAACUCACAGCAGAGGCAUCUCCUUUGUGGGCUGCCUGACACAGAUGUCUCUUUUGACCCUUUCUGGAUGUAUGGAUGGUAUGCUUUUGACUGUGAUGGCCUAUGACUGUUUCGUGGCCAUCUGUCACCCCCUGCAUUACUCAGUCAUUAUGAACCCUCGCCUCUGUGCGCUCUUAGUUUUGGUGUCUUUUUUGUUUAGCCUUUUAGACUCCCAGCUGCACAAUUUGGUGGCCUUGCGAUCUACCCACUUCAAGGAUGUAGAAAUUUCCAAUUUCUUCUGUGACCCUUCUCAAGUUCUUAAUCUUGCCUGUUCUGACACUUUCACCAAUAACAUCAUAAAGUAUUUUGUUGGUGCCAUGUCUGAUUUUCUUCCCAUCUCUGUAAUUUUCUUCUCUUACUGUAAAAUCAUUUCUUCUAUUCUGAGAAUCCCAUCAACAGGUGGGAAGUACAAAGCCUUUUCCACCUGUGGAUCUCACCUGGCAGUUGUUUGCUUAUUUUAUGGAACAGGCAUUUGA